GCUUUCUUGAUUGUGGGAAUGUGCUAGUCGCAUUGAUAACACAAGGCCACACACGUAGGCGGUGAGACCAAGCUUUCCCAACACCCUCUGCUCUCUACUCGAUCUCCCGUCUCUUUCCAAUAGCGCAAUCUUGAGCUCGUCGGAGUGAUGAGUUCUUGUUCUCCUUGGAACUACUCUGACACAGACAGCUGCUGCGAUAUGCCGACAUCCGCUUUAUAUCGAGUUCCGCCAGAGGUUUGGGAACAUAUCUUUUCUCUGGUCGAACCCCUUAGACGUCGACACGGAUGGAGGAUCAUCGACACCGCUACUCUCCUUCGGUCUGCUCUGGUUUGCAAGGCGUGGCGAUUGCCUGCUCUGAGACAGCUUUAUCAUACGAUCCGCGUGCCAAAUGACUGUCUACCUUGGGCUGAAGUCGUCACGAGAGGAUUAACACUCGGCGGUCCGUCAGUUUCCAAUCUGAUAUUCGAACCCGCAGAAUGGAUAUGGGACAACCUCACGAAACCAACGACCACUCGAGUUAUAUUGGAUGGUAUCCCACUUGUGCCUCGAGUCCAGCGUCUGUCGAUUCACUCUCCCCUCGGUAUGGACGAAGCAGAUUUCGAUGCGAUCUUGGGAUGCAUGUCUGCGCUUCCCCGCCUGAAGAAGAUCGAAUGGGCUCGCACCUUUUUUCCUGCUCAGAAGAGCGGAGAAGUCGAUAUGGAUGUUUUGUUUCGCAUAGAACACAUACAACGCCUGCGCGAGAUUCUGCCCAACCUGCAGAACAUCUGGCUCGGACCGAUCCUGUCAUCUUCCGUCACAUCCACACCUAUUCCCCAGUGGAUGCGCUUGACAUCACUGGCUCUAGAAAGUGUCAGUAUAACCAAUGAGGAGCUGUAUCAUAUCCUUUGCGAUCAACACAGGCUCAGACACCUCGAUCUGAACUACACGGACUCGCUAACCCAAGCGGGAAUCGUCAACGCCCUGAAAUGUGUCAAGAAAACAUUACGCUCCCUGCGUCUUGCAGGUACAUUCAAGCCCCGUCCUGUUGGUACGCCUACUCGUGCGUUCCAACCAGUGUUGCGCGAGUUCACAGCACUUCGACUUCUUCGCACAACUCUACGGGCGCCGGCGUUUAGUGCUGCCGCACUGGUGCAUCCUCCUCCAAUUCUUCGGCGAUGGAAGGCGUGGGAUGUUAUGCCUGGUGUUGGUCCAGAUGUUGUUCGUCGCUUCAUCGAAACAAUCCCCCGGGACGCAGGUGACAGAAUCGAGUUUGUGUUCACAGUGAGAUGGGAGAGUUGGGAGACGGAGACAGAGGAGGCACGAGUGAGGAUGGCCAGACUGACACAGUCCUGCCAGGCUCGCGGAUUGAGCUUGCUUGUCGAAAAGGGCCAGUCCGCAGCUACCGGACGACCGGCUGAGGGCGAAGUUGCAAUCCGGUCGUUCAUCGGAUCAUAGUAAGAUAAUUACUGUUAUAGCAUUCAAGACCUCUUCAUACAAGUUCUAUGUUGUUGGUGGCAGUUUUCUACUGCCGUCCUCAACGCGGUGUACUUCGACUCCAG